CUGUGAGCUAUCUUCUAAGUGACGGUUUAUGUUACUAAAAUUAAUUUAAAUUCCUUCUAUUUAUAAUUUUAUAGAGAGGAAUAAGAAACUAUUCUAUGCAGUCGGACAACGAAGAUUGCUCGCUGCAUUCAUGCUUCGACUCCCUCAAAAGGGCAGUAAUGGGCUGCUGCUACAGUAUUUGUCAUAAAGACUCGGAUCCUCAGGAAAAUGUGGUGAAUGAAAGGACAUAUUUGCUGGAGGUUCCUGAACAGCAACAAGAAACACCAUCCCCUGCAACAUGUGCCUCGACACCACCCAGGAAACCAGACGAGCAAAGUGCACUUAAUAGAAUAUUACACGAAACUGCCACAAACGUGAUCGAUGUCGGGGCGCUGGGUCCGUACUCGCUGGAAGCGAACGCGUACAGCGAGCGAGUACGGGCGUACACAGCGCGUGCGGCCGCCGUUGCCUUGCCUAUGCCCAGCACAGCCAAGCUGUUAACAGAUCUGCCGCCCGCUACGGCUCGGAUGAUACUGGUGGGUCCACCACCAGACCCCGCCGACAAAGACUUGAUUACGAAUGCAGUAAAGAAAGCGGCGGCGGCAAUUUCAGAGCUACGCGUCGAACAUCACGAGGACCUGGUGGUGCCGUUCAGGGUUCCGUAGCAAAGGAGCGGGGCUUCGAUAUCCGAAGACGAACGCCCCUACUGACGUCACAUGUGCGCAUGGAACUAAAUAAAAUAACGCAAUUCUAAAAAUUAACACGAUUGUUUAAAUGUUUUAAGAAUCUCAUACAGGUGUCCUAAACAUAAUUGAGAUUUUUUUUGCGUUAUGUACAUUAACUUCAAGAUUACAUUUUUUUUUGUAGAAUACGGUUCAGCUGUUGCGGCUUUCCACCAGUAUCGAUAAUAAUUUAGUUGUUUAGCCUAAGGCUAAUAUCUAUAUGCGCACUUAGACUUUGCUCAAACUUUACUUAUGUAAAACGUAGCUGCGUUCAAGUAUAGCAUAAUCUAUCAUUUCUUUUUCAUAGUCAUUUGGCAGCUGAAAUUACGAGUCAAUUUCGCGUUUUAUCACACUCAGCUAAGAAUUACUUAAAUAAGUCUGAGCAAAAUCUAAGUACGCUCUAUAGAUUCUUAGUAGGUUUAAUCCAAAAACAUAUUCCCAAAUCUCAGAAUACAGAACAAACCGGAAGGAGUGUUCAAUCACAUUUCUGCGCAUCGCAUUGUGUCCAAAAUAACUCCCUCCCCGCGCCUCACUCCCCGCUCGGUUCCACCAACGCCCCAUACAUUACCGUUUUUUGGGCCUAGUUAAAAAAAUUUUUUAUUAAAAUAAUUGAAAAUAUGCUAUUUACAAAUGACUUUGGUAACGUAAUCCUAUUCGAUUUCUUAGCAUGCCUGGUAUCAUUUUUGCAAGUAAUAACGAUAUACAAUGGUGUAAUUAUUUAAAACCUGCAACUAGUUGUAAAUAGUGCGUCUGUCCGCCAUUGCUAAUUGACAAUUAAACAAACUACGCCGCACCGGUGUAGUUUACCACGCCGCACUGUUUGCCGCGUUGACGAUUUCUAGUUUAAAUGGGGAACGAUCACGAAAACGUGAUCUGGAAAGUUCUUGAAACUUCGGGUUAACUAAGAUAAUAUUAUGUAACUUUUACGCAAAAUCUAAUGUUAAAACACUCGUUUUUACUCGCGUUAAUUAAAGAUAAAAAAAGGUGUCUAGUUUGUUCUGUAUGCUGUGCCCCACACUAAACGAUGACUUAAAAUAUCCUAAUGUUUCAAAAAUAAUGAAUUUUAUAUGUAAAAAUAAACUAUAAUAUGUAAAUUAUUUAACACUUAUUUGUUUAGUAUAUAUGGAAAUAUAUUAUACAACUGAAAUAAUUAAAAAAGACUGUCUUCCAUAAUUAAGAUGACAGAAAUAUAAAAUAUAUAAUUUUUUUGGAUUCCUACUUGUUAUAUUGUAAUAUCAGAAUAACGAUAUCAUUUUAUAGAUAGUACAUAUAGAUAUUUAGAAAAUUUUGUACAUGUCUGAUUAUAUAAGAUAAAACUUAAUAAAAUGUUGAACUUUUCUGCAAAUGCACACAUAUUAGCCAAUAAGAAUGUAACAUGAGGCCAAACUCAACAGAUAUAGAACGUCGCGUGCAGAGAGAUGGGAGUCCGCGUAUGGGUGUCAGUGGUUAUAAACAUUUUGCAUACAUAUUAAUUGCUUGUUUAAUGAAUAAAGCUUAGGCUGAUUUCUGCUAUUAUGCAUGGUAUUUGUAAAGAUUCUGGCUUUACUAACGCCUUUUUAUUAAAGCCAUUUACGGAUGAGUAUAGGUUGAUCAUCGAUACAAUAACGGAGUAGGUCCAUUGAGAGGUCAUAAAAAACUUAAGCGUUUAUGGCUCAAUAUUUUUAUUCUAAUACUUCUGGUCAUCUAAAACGAACCUAAUUUAAAAUAUAGUUAUAUCAUAGAUUAAAAAGGUAUCUAUCUUUCUAAGUUGCAUACAUUUUACAACUACCCUUCAAAUAAAAUAAUGUGUAUUAUAAUUGGACGUAAUUCCAGAAUAAAAUUCCAAACCACCAGUUAAGAACACAAACCUAGUCAGUCACAUGAUUCAUAUUAACGGACUGACAAAAAAUGGCAGCCCUACUGUAACUCUUUAAAUGACAUCAUGACUUAGUAGGCCAACCCACAUUUAUGGAACACACUUAAUACUUAUUAAACUUUAAACAUAAAAUCCUUAAAAUUUGAUGUCCAAUUGAAUAAUCAAACCAUUUAAAAGUUAAAUGAAAAGAUUUAUUUAUUUCAUUUUUACCUAGACUUUACUGAAGUCUAUACUAAUUAGUCUCUAUGUCAAAACAGAUUUCUAACUUUAUUUCUUUCCCUGUAACAUAGUAUUAAUUUAUCUUUAUAUUUCUGGUCAUCUAAAACGACCUUAAUUACAAAUAUACUCAUAUAAAAUAAUAAUUAGAAAAGCAAACCAUUUAAAAUUGAAGUAAUACAGUUUCAAGUUUAAAUUUUUGUACCUUUACGGCACAUGUGAAUUCAAUUGUGGAUUUUUUAAAACAGAGAAAAAAUUAAUAGAACAUAAUAUUAGUUUUAUAAUAAUGCUAACAAUUUUUCAUAUUGUUUUUCUGCUCUUUGUGAAAAUUCACUAGAAUGCUACCUGAAAAUACUAAAUUUCCAAUAGGUUCGCGAUGUUGCCAAACAUAUAAAUUUUGGUAUGUAUAAAAUUAAUUAGUUCAGUUUUUUUUUACUUAUUGUGUAUUAUAAGUAUUACAGAAAGAUGAACGGAUUUUAUGUAGAUAUUAAUGAUCAUUCGCUUAUGAAAUAUGAUGACUUCAUGAGAAUUAUUAAUACUACAGGGUUUCUAAGUGACACACCUAGCGUUUGUGACCACCUUAGAAUGACUAAAUUAAACUUACCUCUAUAUUGACUGUUAAUUUACAUGUAAAGCACUUUUCGUUCCGUUUCGAAUAUGUGCUUACUGAAACCCGAGUGUCGCAAUUACGACAAGUAAUUGGACGUAAUCCCAGAAAAACGUUCCAAACUACAAUGAUGUCGAAAUUGAGUUAAGAACACAAAACUGGUCACAUGACUCAUAUGAAUAUUAACGGACUGACAAAAAAUGGCAGCCCUACUGUCACUCUUCAAAUGACUUCAUGACUUAGCCCAACCCACAUGUAUGGAAUACUAAUAAUAUUUAUUAACUUUAAACACGCAAUCCUUAAAAUGUGAUGUGAUGCUUGGAACGUUUUUCAGGAACUAUGUCCAAUUAAUUCAAUGUUUGAAAUUGUUGUUUAACUCUGGCUGACUGGAAUUUUCUUUAGUCCAUAAAUUUAGUAUAGGUACUGGCAUAAUAGACAAACUCUCUUUAUUAUCGCGAGACUAAAUUUUAAAUGUUCAUGUGUGCCAGUUUUACAGAUGUGUUAGUGUGUUAUUGAAGUGUGUAGUAUUUUGCUUUUGGUCAAUCCCUAUGACAAAUAUGGAUAAGCCGCGUCAUAUUCACGUUAAACCAGGGUUUCCUUGAAUUAUCCAUCAUGAAGAAAUACAAUACUAAGAAUUUCUCAGUUUAUUGAAGCACAACUGCUAGUAUAGAUAUGAAACGUCUUUACAUAAAACAACCGCUUUUAUAGCUUCCGUACAAUAGAUGAAACAGAGUAGAUACAACUUCUUUUAAAACACAAAUAAAAUUAGGUAUUGUAAAAUAAUUCCUAAAUACAGUUCAAUAAAUGUUUUAGUGAAUUUAUAUAACUUUAAAUGAUUUAUAUAAUAGUUUGUUCAUUUAAUUUGAACAAACAUUACGAAGUAAGAAGAUGGCGCUGCAAGCAAGUUUCGAAAUACAAUAAUUAAGAAAGACUUAUUGCAUAAAAUAAUAACUUUUGAUACAGAAAAACGAUAUCAAUUCUAAUACAAAUUAAUUUGAACAUUUACACAUUCAAUUAAGUAUUUUAACAAUAAAUGAAGCAUCUAACAUCUUCAAACAAUUCAAACAGUCAAAACAGUGUCUAUUAAAUUAGUUAGACCUUAAUAAAUAACAGUUUUAUGUUUACAAAUAGCUAUUUGUAUUUAAAUCUUAUAUAUUUCAGAUAUAUCUAUAAUAAUAUAUUAAUUUUAACGAUAAACUAAAACAUAAAUAUCAAUAGUUGCAAACAAUUGACGGUAGGUGGCGAUUUGCGCCUGCGCGUUCUACGAAGAUGGCAUUGAUCCACGCAAGUGGCAUUGAAGAGUCAAAAUUUACCUGUGAAAUUUAUUUGCGAUUGUUUUUGUAUAUAACAACAAAAUCGAAUACAGAACACGACACCAUUAUAUUUUUUAAUUAAUAUCCGUUAAAACACAGUAUAAUUACGAUAAAAACACUAAAACUAAAACGCGGUCCAGUUUGACAGGAGACUAAUGGACACUAAAUGAUUAAAAACGGUUUUACGGUUCAUCUAUUCCGUAUCUUUCUCACACUAAGUUUUUGUGUAAGGAUAGCUAUCUCACUCUCACACAGCAUUCGUCUAUUACGCUAGUAUACUAAGUUUAUGGUCUAGCCUUAUUGGGCUAUCUAUUACGGAUGACUGAUAUGUUUUUAAUAUACCAUUGAUUUUGAUUAAACAUUAAGGGCCAUACAAAUAAACUUGGCCUUAAAAGUGUCUAUUUGUAAACAUUUUGCAAAUUCAUUCUCAGGUACUUUAUACCAAGUUGAUUUGUAAGGCCGAUAGAAUUUUACAGUACUAGCUGAAAUUCUCAAUUCUCUCAAUAGAGAAUUAUUAUGGUGUCGCUUAUCGGUCUUUCUCAUCACAUUCUAUUGCUAUCACAUGCGGUGGUAGCACUGCCGUGUUCAAUAACGUAUCUCUAGUGACGGAUAGAUUACUAUCACCGCUUAAUGACAAAAUCUUAUCUUUCCAUAGUUAUAGUCCAAUGCUAUCUGUCGAUAGGUUUCAAUAACCUAUGUAAGUAAGCAUAAAAGGAUAGAAUUGUCUACCUCUAGUAAGUUAAACUAAGGAUAGAUAGGUUAUUGAAAACAGCCUUUAGUCGAUCGAAGAGUAGAAUCGCAGAUGAAAGCUUUUUUUGCUAACGGUACUGCAAUAAUUGCAACGAAGAACCGCUAUUUUAUUUUCUCUAUUGUCUAUGCUUCUCACUUGAGUCUAUAUUAAAUUUUGUAUCGAAAAAUAUUUAAAUUUAUUUAGAAUUGUUUCUCGUAUUGUAAAAUGUUCCGUGGGCUUUAUUUACCUCAUUAUUAUCCCCAUAUGUUAUAGUGAUAUUAUGUUGUAUAUAAAAUGUAAACUAUAGCCAUUAUAUUAUAUUAUGUAAAUAAACUAAUUGAGUUGAAAUGUGAUUUUGCAUGGUUCUAAAUAAAAUUAUUUCUGAAAUUAAAUAA